AUGCACCAUACCUUCACUGGUACCACACGAAAGCCUAGGCAGGUCAACCUCUCCGGGCGGCCAAAUUCGAAUCCUUGGGCCGCCGCUUCUGGUGCAUCUCCUCGGACUGGAUCAAAUGUCGCUACUUCUGCGGUGGCGCAUGCACAAGCCGACCGGGCUCGCAGACAACAUGAACGAGAGAAGUUGACCGCUUCACGCAAAGUGCAAAAGACAUGGCGAGGCCACUCAGUCCGACGAGUACAAAAGAGCAAGUGGAGGGAGGAAUGGGACGAUACAGAGAGACGCCGCUGUGGUCAUGCUCUGAACCUUGCGGCUUUCAUUGCGAACGAAGAGCGCCCCGCUGGCUACCAAGAUGUUCAGAUACUCGAGAGACAAUUGCGACUGCUUGUCAAUUCCCAAGAAUAUCGCAAACACAUUGUGAGGGACGAGAGCGACACCUUGCGUCUGGUCUACUUCGCUCGAGCGCUCCAGUCCUCCGAAUGGGCGAUUAGUCACAUCCAUUUGAGCACGCGUACGGCAUUUGCGAAACUGGCCCUGACCGCGGUACGCCAUAUUAGAAGUAUCCGACUGGCUUCUCUCGACGGGUCCGGCAACCAAAUCAUCGUACAAUUGGCUCAGCUAGUAGCCUUUCUUGCCCAUCUGGUUCUUCAGCAAUUAGAGACAUCAUCGCUAGCAUGCAUCCAGAUUCUAGGAGAACUCGUCGAUGGCCGGCUCGAUGUCGCUGUCCAGGACGCAGGCGCAGAUGCCAUUGCCGCUUUUCUCGCAAAAGAGACGACCUCGCUGCCUGCCUAUCGAGCAUUUGCUCUCGUUCUCAUCUCGACCCAGACACUCUCCGAUAAUGUUCGCCUUCUAGUACGUCUCUCAUCUGCUUUAGAUUAUCAGUCAUUGCUCCAGGCUCUGUCUUCGUCGACAUCUGGCACCUCAACCCACGCGCAGCUCUGGCAACUGUCGUAUCUGAUCUGGUUCGGCCAACGAAUGUCCGGCGGAUUGACCAGUGAUCUCAGCUACAACCAGACCAAGGUUGUGGCUCUGCUCUUGAGCGGAUGUGCAAACGAGAUCGCCGAACGUCAGGGGGUCCUAGAUGUCCCGAUGAACGGUGCUGGUAGAUCAGGCCCUCUUCCACUGGAGAAGUUCAUUGCGGAGAGUCUCGAUAUCAUCAGCGACGAGAAGGCGGUACGUUCCGCCAUUGCUGUCAUCACCCAGCACGCUUCAGUCAGUCAAGAUUCCGACUUCGAGGCCACAACACGUCUAGCCGACUAUGCAGUCGCCAUGCUACGAGCGUUCGCAUCAAGUGGAGACAAGGCUCGCAAAAUUCGGCAGUGGCUGUGGCAGACCUCGCUGACCACUACAAACGGCGUACACCUAUCGACGCUGGAGUACCUGUGGAGUUCGAUCACGAAGAGCAGAGUAUUCCAGAGGAUCAUCUCCAACCACCGUAACGUACUUUCCGCCUUACGAGAGGCCAGUCCCGAGACACACCAGAUCGGCAGACCUUCAACUGGUGCCGAGGAGAUCGAGCUAUGGCGCACGGAGUGGCGCAUUGUUCUCUUCUUCAUGGAGUUAUAUUCCUUCGUGCUCAGAGUCAUAGACGAUGACGAAUUCUUCUCUGGAGCGUCACAAGACAAUCAUCAAUCAUUCGAGACUACAAGUUACCCAGGCAGAAAGGGUCUCAAUUUGACGGACGCAAUCACGCUGGCUAUGUUUCUAAAGAACCUAGCUUUCGGUCUCUACUGGCAUGCAGCAGAGCUUGUGCCCACGACUGACGCUGAAGAUCUCGAUAACUUGUCAUCCCUGUUUGGCCACAGUCAACAGACCAGUGUUCAUCAAACACCCUCGAAACAUGAAUCGCUAGGACUGGCCGGCAAUGGAGUGUCUCAUGCGUACCUCAAGGGCCUCAGCACAGCGUUGCUACGCAUGCUACACGAAAGAGAUUCUCGCAGAAGAUUCGUUCCGGCCAACGGCUGGCUCAUGACACAUCAGGUAGAUAUGAGCGGCUUCAUUUCAGCUGUAGUCGCUGAAGAGGAGAAGCGGCACGAACUUGACGACAAUGAUGAGGAAGACAUGAAUCUAGACGAGGCAGAUGACGCAGUACCAACAGCAGACUCUCCACGCGCAUCAUUCGCGCAAGUCAUGUCGGGCAGCGGCGGUAUCAACUAUUCACAAGCCCAUUUGCGGAACAGUGUAUCGGAACGGCAAAUACAGCAGGCUCGGAAGAAGCGUAGGAUUGAAUCUUUAGCUCCGCGGCUGGAGAUUCUGCGCAACCUGCCAUUCUUCAUUCCAUUCGAGUCAAGAGUACAGAUCUUCCGACACUUUGUCUACAACGAUCAGGUGCGUCGGAGGAACGGGCACGUCGAUGCUGACAUCUGGCGAAUGAGCGUUGCCAGAAGUACUAUGGGUAGAGACAUUGACGGGCGACCCCCUGGCUUUGAUGUGAUUAGCAGACAACAUGCCGAGAUCAGAAGAGAGCAUGUCUUCGAAGACGCGUACGACAUUUACUAUCAGCUGGGCGACAAACUUAAAGAACCUAUUCAGAUCAGCUUCAUCGACAAGUUUGGGACACCCGAGGCCGGCAUAGACGGAGGAGGCGUGACGAAGGAAUUCUUGACGAGCGUUACUUCCGAAGCACUGGACCCAAGCGGCCCGAGUCCCAUGUUCACGGAAAAUGCCGAGCACUUCCUGUAUCCUAAUCCAUUGAUUUGGCAAGAGAUGCAAGAAUCGCUUCGGCGUGAAGGGACUCGAGACGGAAGCGAAGGAUGGAAUGCCGUCCUGCGCGACUACCUGCGACGCUAUGAGUUCCUUGGUCGCGUCAUCGGCAAGUGCUUGUACGAAGGCAUCCUGAUUGAUGUGAACUUUGCAGGCUUCUUCCUCCUGAAGUGGGCAUUGACGGGCGGCAGCACUGUUGCAACAAACGAAAGCGCCUACAGAGCAUCGAUCAACGACCUACGGGAAUAUGAUGAAGAACUUUACCAAGGUCUGCUCAAGCUCAAGUACUAUCCAGGCAAUGUUGAAGCGGAUUUCGGACUGAACUUCACUGUUAACGACACGCUGAACGUGCAGGAUGAGAUGGGCAAAAUAACGAGCGUGGUUCAAACGGUUAACCUGUACCCCGACGGCGGAAAUAAAGCAGUGGACAACGUAUGGCGACACCUCUAUAUCGAUCGCAUCGUCAAAUAUCGGCUUCAGGACCAGCCCGAGAAGGUCACCAAUGCUUUCCUGCGGGGGCUUGGACAGAUCAUCUCUCCGACGUGGUUGGCCAUGUUCAAUCAAAAAGAACUCCAGAAACUUGUAGGCGGCGACAGCUCGGAAUUGGACAUUGCUGAUCUCCGUCGCAAUACUCAGUACGGCGGGAUUUACGUGAUUGGCGACGACGGGCUUGAGCACCCUACUGUGGAGCUGUUCUGGAAGGCAAUGCAAGAGAUGGACGAUGGGGAUCGUCGCAAAGUACUGAAAUUCGUCACCAGUACACCUCGUGCACCUCUGCUGGGGUUUGGCAAUCUGAACCCUAAGUUCAGCAUUCGAGACUCGAGCACCGACCAGUCGCGGUUGCCUUCGACGUCGACUUGCGUCAAUUUGCUCAAGUUGCCACGCUAUGGAGAUCUUUCGACGAUGAAGGAUAAGUUGUUGUACGCAGCGAAUGCAGGCGCCGGUUUUGAUUUGUCCUAA